GGGAACAGUGAGACCAUCCACCAUGGGAGGACGCGGGCGCCCCAUGGCUCCCACUCAGAAUGUCCCUCCAUUUAGAACCUCGGUCCGCUCUAACCACUCAGGCCUUAUCCUCUCCCCUCGACUCUCCCCGCGACUCCCCCACCACUCUUCUCCCCAGUUGGGCCAACAUCCCCCCCUCAGCCACAGAGAGUCGGGGCGAUUGCCGCCCGGGAAGCCAGUAGGGCGCGGACGUCCUCUGAUGCAGAGGCAGUCUAUACGUGGUCCCAGCAUGCCCCCACCCUCACCUCAACCCUCCCUCAAACGCUACCCGCCUCCCUCCCCACACCUCUCACAUCCCACGUCCUUGCGCUCCUCACCCCUCCUCCCCCGCGCCCCGCCCCUCGAUCCUUAUGGACAGCAGGACUUUGACCAAUCAGCGUACAUGCCACCCAUACAGCAGCACAUUCCCCACUACGGUUCUAUGGAAGGGUAUGAAGAACCGGUCCCCCUGUCCUCCCCGAGGAUAGGCAACGCUUUACAGAACCAGGACUUACGCAGAGCAACAUUUGGAAGCCCGGCAACUCAGCGCCGUGGUUCCCCGUAUGGUUCCAUAGCAGCAGAGUAUGACUACCACUCCGAGCCUGGCCCAUCCCCCUUACUCCACAACGCCCUGCAGAACCCCAACAAAGGAAAUCCAUACGCAUCUGUUGCCCCCGACUACUACGGAGCACUGCAGAACCCAAAGAUGCGCCAGCAGAUGGGUCAGUACCGCGGAGCCCUCCCUCCACUCCACUCCCCCUAUGUACAGCCCCAACUAGACCCUCGGCCCUCCCCACUACUAGGAAAUGCCCUCCAGAAACACUCCCUACAACCUGGGUACCGCCUGCCACAAGGAACCCUCCAAUCGCCCUAUGGUUCUUUGGUGCCGUCCAACCCAAUGCUAGCCAGCGCUAUGCAGAACCAGUAUGUUAGAGCAGCUUCAUACACUCUGCCGAAUGGUAGCAUAAUCCAGGAUCCAGGGCAGCAACAGUUGCAGAUGUCCCCCAGCCUGGUGGCGGCACUGUCAAACCCAGAGCUGAGGUCUGCCUCAUACCAGCUCCCGGACGGCACCAUCGCCAUCAAACCGGUCGAAAACAAAUCUCCAAAUCUCACUGCAGCCUUAUCAAACCCAUACCUGAAGGCAGCGUCGUACACAUUACCAGAUGGAACCAUAAUCAUUGAUCCACACAAACCAGUUUCUCCAAACCUAGCAGCCGCGCUCAUGAAUCCGGCUCUGAAGGCGACGUCGUACACUCUCCCAAAUGGUACCAUCGCCAUCGAACCCCAGCAACAGAAAAAUCCAAACCUCUCUGCUGCAUUGUCGAACCCAUACAUUAAAUCAGCCUCGUACACUUUACCAGAUGGAACCAUUAUCAUUGACCCUAGGAAACCAGUGUCUCCAAGCCUUGGGCGCGCAAUGCAGAACCCAGCAAUGAUGAAUGCCUCCUACUCAUUACCAGAUGGAACCAUUAGAGACCCUAAUGCACAGAUCUCACCCAAACUCUCUGCUGCAAUAAACAACCCUUACCUAAAGUCCGCUUCCUACACCUUACCGGAUGGUUCUCUCAUUAUUGACCCGCGGAAGCCUCGGUCUCCAAACCUCAUGGCAGCUCUACAGAACCCAUACCUAAAGUCAGUGUCCUAUGAGCUCCCAGACGGUUCCAUCAUAAUCGACCCGCGAAAACCUGUCUCGCCCAACCUGUCCUCAGCAAUGCAGAACCCCGCACUAAGGAAUGCAAGCUACAUCCUGGAGGGAACUGAGAUCACCAACCCCAACGCUCCUAUUUCUCCAAACCUUUCGGCUGCAAUGAUGAACCCCCAUUUGAGAUCAGCGUCGUACACGCUACCAGAUGGUUCUAUGAUCAUUGACCCACGAAAACCCAGGACCCCGAACCUCAUGGCGGCAUUACAAAACCCAUAUCUGAAGUCAGUGUCCUACGAGCUGCCAGAUGGAAGCGUCAUCAUCGACCCUCGAAAGCCUCGUGGGCCGGACCUGUCGGGAGCACUGUCAGGUGCCAUGCAGCAGAACCAAGACCUGAUGAACCAGAGACGGUACCGGCUGGGUGACGGAUCCCUGGUCAUCCCUGGUCAGAAGCCCCGACUCGGAUCCGCCCUGAAGAACCAGAACAUGAGGACGGUGGACUAUCGCUUAGGUUACAGUGGGGUGUUGACUGCCCGGCCCACCAACCCCUUGCUGUCUGAGGCACUGGAAGACAAUCAGGAUCUCCUGAACCCACAUUUGUAUCGGCUCCAUGAACGUAAUCCACUGACGCGGAAGUUUGGAAACCCUUACUUGGAUGAGGCCUUACUGAAUUCCCAGCACCUCCGCUACGCAUCGUACAGAGUGCCUCCAGGGCUGCAGGGAGAGGACAACCGCUAUGCCGUGGUACCCCCGUACGGGCCGCGGUCGGGCCAUUGGGCACGGAACGCCCACUCUGGCCAGGAUGGGGACGAUGUCUGGGCUGCCGAGCGGGUUCUACCACACGGAACCAUGCAGAACCUCACCAAGUGGUCCAUGUACCGUGAGGUCAUGGACUCAGAGGGCAUCACUCCUGUGGCACCUAAAGAACUAAUGGGAACUGGGUUGCCAGACUGGAACCCUGAUAGAGAGGGAGAACUCACCAGUUGGUACGAGAAGAUCUACUCCAUCAGAUGCAUGCCUACACUGGGCCACAGGCUGAAGCCAUGGGUCUACGGCAUGGAGGACAUGACACAGAUGGAGGAACUGAAUGAGACCACAGUGCUGAUGAAUUUGAAGAAGCGUUAUGACCAGGAUUUAAUAUAUACAUAUAUAGGCAGUAUCCUGGUUUCAGUGAACCCUUAUCGGCUGCUGAACAUCUAUGGGACUGACAUGGUGCGUCAAUAUGAGGGCCAUGGCGUUGGAGACAACCCUCCUCACCUGUUUGCCAUCGCUAAUGUUUCCUACACCACCUUGAUGGAUGAUAAGCAUAACCAGUGCAUUAUUAUCAGUGGAGAGAGCGGCUCAGGGAAGACUGAAGCCACUAAAUUGGUCCUACGUUACUUGACAGCAAUUCAUCACAAACGCAAUAUAACACAACAGAUUGAGAUUCUGGAGGCCACACCACUGUUGGAAUCCUUUGGGAAUGCGAAAACAGUCUGGAAUGACAACUCUAGCCGCUUUGGAAAAUACGUUGAGAUUUUUCUGGAGGAGGGUGUGAUCAGUGGUGCCAUAACCUCCCUGUAUCUGUUGGAGAAGUCACGCAUUGUCUUUCAGGCCCAGUCAGAGAGGAACUAUCACAUCUUCUAUGAGCUCCUGGCUGGGUUGGAGCCACGGGACAAACGCUCUCUUUACCUGCAGGAAGCCGAGACAUACUUUUACCUCAACCAGGGUGGAGACUGUCUGAUUGAAGGGAAGGACGACAGUGCAGAUUUCAGGCGUGUGCAGAGUGCCAUGGACAUUCUGGGUUUUAGUCCUGAAGAGCAGAACGCCAUCUACAGACUGCUCUCCUCUGUUCUGCACCUGGGCAACGUAUUCUUCCAACCCUUCCAGAUGGAAGGACAGGAGGUGGCAUCAGUGGUCAGUGCUCAGGAGAUCAGAGUGGUGGCUGAACUCCUCCAGAUCUCACCUGAGGGCCUACAGAAGGCUAUCACACACAAAGUCACGGAUACAGUACGGGAGAAGAUCUACACCCCUCUGACAGUGGAGAGUGCAGUGGAUGCUAGAGACGCUGUUGCCAAGAUACUGUACUCACUGCUGUUUCAUUGGCUGACAGAGAAAAUAAAUGGGCGGGUCUAUCCUCGAAAUGAGGCCCUGUCCAUCUCAAUACUUGAUAUAUACGGCUUUGAGGAUCUGUUAUUCAACAGUUUUGAGCAGCUGUGUAUAAACUAUGCCAACGAGACACUUCAGUUCUACUUUAACAGGAUCGUCUUCAGAGAGGAGCAGGAAGAGUACAUCCGGGAGCAGAUCAGCUGGCAGGAGCUCCCUUUCAGUGACAACCAGACUGUCAUCAACCUCAUUGCCGCUAAGCCUCAUGGGAUACUGAGGAUCCUGGAUGAUCAGAGCGGGUUCCCUCAGGCCACAGACCACACCUUCCUCCAGAAGUGCCACUAUCACCACGGGAACAGUGAUCUAUACAUCCGGCCAAAGAUGCCCCUCCCAGAGUUCACCCUGAAACAUUACGCUGGGAAGGUCACCUACCAGGUACAUAAGUUCCUUCAUAAGAACUUUGACCUGGUACGUCAGGACGUGCUGGAGCUCUUCAGUGGGAGUAAGAACCGCACGGUUUCCAACCUGUUCCUGAAACACAGCGAGGGCCUUGCAUCUCAACAGCGCUCGGCUGCCAGGAGGGGCUCCACCGCCCGUCGCCUCAAUGCCAACACCGUCAGCGCCAAGUUCCAGAGUAGUCUGCAAGAGCUGGUGGAGAAGAUGGAGAGAUGUAAGCCAUAUUUUGUACGCUGCAUUAAGCCAAACCAGCACAAGGAAGCGGACCGAUUUGAUAUGGAGCUUGUCAAGACACAGCUACGCUACUCUGGUAUCAUGGAGACCAUACGGAUCAGGAAGGAGGGAUAUCCAAUCAGAAUGCCCUUCUAUCAAUUCCUGAACAGGUACAAGGCAUUGCUCUGUCUAAAGGAAGUACCUCUAGCAGAUGGGGACAGAUGUGUUGAGAUGCUGUUUAAGCUGUGUCCUAUCAAACCUGGAACAUACCAAGUAGGAGUUACUAAGAUCUUCUUGAAGGAGGAGCUCUACCAACUGCUGGAGGCGAAGCGUGAUCGUGUGUUACACGUGGCGGCCAUCACGUUGCAGCGCUACAUACACAUGUACUUCAUCAGGAAGAACUUCAAGGUCUUCAAAGCCACCAUGACCAAACUACAGAGCUACUGCAGGGGACACCUGGCCAGGAUGAGGUUUAAUCUGAGGAGGAAGUACCUGAUUAAGCUCCGUUCCGUUGUUCUGCUUUACGUCAACCGACGACGCUACAUAAAGGCAGAGAUUGAGCCAAUCAGGAGAGCUGAGGAGGAGUUAAGGAGGAUCGAAGAGGAGCGGGCCAACAGAGAGGUGGUGAAUGUUACAACUCUUCCCAUUCCUGCUGAACUGGGAGCCCUGCUGCAAGCCACUGCAGGUGGCAGGGAGAUGCACGCUGAGUGUCUAGCUCUGGUCCAGGCCCCCACAGUGCAGGUGGACCCACAACUCACCCUGCCGCUGGACAUCAACAACUACCUCAUGACACACUACAUACGGGCCAUCUUCAGGGAGCCGCUGUUUGGAAUGUUAUUUGCUCCACUGGACAAGUCUCUGACCAGGCUGGACGAGGAGCUGACACAACCAGCGCUGGAUGUCUUCAUACUGAUCCUGAGGUUUAUGGGGGAUCCUGACCUAAACGGAGCUCAAGAGAACCUGUUUGGAAACUAUAUAAUUCAGAGAGGAUUGGCCAAUCAGGGUCUCCGAGAUGAAAUCCUUGCGCAGGUAGCCAAUCAGGUGUGGCGGAACAUCAACCCUCAGAACUCAGAACGUGGUUGGCUCCUCCUCUCCGCCUGUCUCUCCGCCUUCCCUCCCUCACAGAGACUGGAGAAAUAUCUGCUGAAAUUUGUGUCAGACUAUGGUCCAGGAGGGUAUGAGUCUGUGUGUCAACACCGUCUGCUCCAAGCCAUGCAGCGCUCCUCGUUGGGUUCCCACGGCGCCCGAACCUAUCCUCCCUGUCUGCUAGAGUGGACCGCCGUCCGCAAGAGAGCACACACACUGCUCCAGAUACACUGCUUCGAUGGUGUGUCCUUCCUGUGUCCACUGCACUCAUGGACCACAGGAGAAGACCUGGCCAAAGAGAUCCUACAGCACAGGGGUGUGUCUGAAGGUGUGUGUGGCUGGUCUGUGUUGCUACGUGAACCAUUCCAGUGGGUGGAACUAGAGGGCAGCGACUAUGUGUUUGAUCUGAUCUCAGACCUGGAGUUACCAUCUGACUUCUCCAGACAGAAGAGCUACUUCAUCAUCUCAGCCCAGGACCCAUCCAGGGUCAGAACUAAUGCUAGCAUUAGCCUGUUGGGCAGUGGGUUUGGAGCAGAUGAUGUCCAGUAUAAACCGUCUGCCAUUCACAGUACCAACAGACACUCUGAUGGCGUCUAUGGACAAGCCCCAGAGCCCCAGAUAGACCACUACCUUGACAGUCUGUUUGACCCUGUCCUCUCCGAUGGCACCGGGGACUUGGAGAACCCUUCUGCUCUGUCCAACAGGAUGCGGGGGGGUGGUGGUGUUGGAGGGGAGAGAGGCAGAGGAGACCCCCAGCUUGGCUACAGCACUCCUCACUCCUUCACCAUGCCACCUCCUGGAGGGGUCAGGGUUUUGCCCAUGUCUCCUGUUGCCCCGUUGGCUCCGCGGGCUCCCCCAGCAGACCACUCCCAGAGUCAGGCCGUCAUGGCCCAGCAGCAACAGGCCAUCAUCAGUCAGCAGGCUGUCAUCAUGGCCCAGCAGAUGACGAUGCAGGCCAUGGCCUUAGUUACCUCCCCCAUGACCUCCCCGCCAACCUCCCCCCUCACUUCCCCGCCUAUGAGUCCACUCCUCACCCAUCCCUAUGGCCUACCUCCUAGCCCCUACGCUAACCUCCCUCCAAGUCCGUAUGCUAGUCCUCUACCACCAAGCCCAUACGCUAACGUACCUCCCAGUCCAUACGCUGCUGAGUACUACGCUAACCCCCAGGCCCACAGUCCCUACUCAGGCAUUCAAACCCUCCCUGCCUCCCCUGUGGCCAGUGAUCACACCGGCUCUGAGGUAGAGACGCAUCCAGCCAAGACCAUGAAGCCUGUACCCUCCACACCCCAGGCAGGCAGGCCCUCUGCUAAGGACAAUAUCCCCCGAAUGACGGCUCCUGCUGUGCCCAUCAAAAAAGAACCUGUUAGAAAGUUUGCCCCCGUGGUGACCAGUCCUCCACCCCCAGUUGGAGAGGUGGUGAAGUCCUCAGUACCUCAGGUGGACAUAAUCCCCAGCAGCAACAUCAAAGACAUCAUUCGACAGUAUGACUCUCCUCCUCCCCCACCUGAGGCCUUACCACCCGGAAGGAGGAGGCCAGAGGGGAGGUUUAUCAAGAAGCAGAGUCCUCGUGAUGAAGCUCUACAGAUCAUUAAACCUAAGAUCAUCAGUCCUCCUCCACCACAGCCCAAGCAUCCAGUUGGCCCCACCCCUUCUGCGGCAGCUCUGAAAGAGGCGGGGUUUAAACCAACCAAGAGUUCAAAGAAAAGAGCCCCUCACCGCCCUACGCCCCUCCCACCACCAGUGUCCAGGGAGCUGCCAGUGGAGAUGGAGAAUAUUCAGACCCAGCUCCACCACAGCCCCACAGAAGAACAUUACACCUACACCAAUGUCCCCUGGAAGAUCUACCUCAGGAAAGAGGUGUUCUACCCUAAGGACAGCUUUAACCAUCCAUUGGUGCUUGACCUCAUCUUCAAACAGAUAGUAAAUGACACUCUUUCUGAAGCAUGUGUCAGAAUCACCAGUCAAGAGAGGCUCAAGAUGAAGUCUGUGUUUGAGAAACACCAUAUAGACCAAAACAUGGACAGAGUGGAUGAGAGUGUGAAGAAGGCUGUUGUUACGGCAGCCAGGGAAUCCUGGGACAUCUAUUUCUCACGUCUGUUUCCUGCCUCUGGUAGUGUAGGUACAGGUGUCCAGGUCCUCUCUGUUUCUCACCGUGGCAUUAAGCUGCUGAAAACAGUGAAGAGUUCCUCUAAAGAGUCGGACUACUUCAGAGUGCUUCAACAUUACACUUAUGCGGACAUCCUGUUUGCGACCAUUCCGUCAGAGAACAUGCUGGAGUUCAACCUGACUAAUGAGAAGCUGAUCCUGUUCUCAGCCAAGGCUCCGCAGGUCAAACACAUAGUGGAUUAUUUCAUCACAGAGAUCAAGAAGGACUCUGAGUAUGUCAUUGCGGAACGCCACUUUGUGACAGAUGAACGUUCUCUGCUCAGCUUCCACAAAGGUGACAUCAUCAGACUGCAGAUCAUGGAUGGGUUGAAGAAAGGGUAUAGCUACGGGUGUGUAGUGAGGAAGAGAGUGAUGUUUCUAGAGGAGAUGAAGAGAGGCACAACAGACUUUGGUUGGAAGUUCGGGGCAGUGUGUGGACGUUCGGGGGCAUUCCCAUCAGAUUGUGUUCGUCCAAUCGCUGCUCCAGACUUCCUGUCUCUCCCGGCUGACCGCAGGGCGGAGCCUAGAGGAGGGGCAGGGCGAGUUGCUGUGACAUCAGCUAUGGCUGUUGCCGUGGCGUCCAGUGCAGCUGCACAUGAGAUAGAUCCAACUUUGGAGGAAGCAUUCGGUGAGUUCCUGGAGAUGGAAGAAAGCCUUCUACAGGACCCUCAGUAUGACAUGGUGGAGUUUGCCAAGAAGUACUUCAGACAGGCUGCCAAGGGUGACUCAGUCAAGUCCAAGAAGUCCAAAGACACCAGGGAUCCCUUUGAAAUGGUCAAGUUCUCCAAGACCCCCCUGUCUGAGUCUCUGAUAGAGUUUACUGAUACUGGGAUGAACAGAGUAGCUACGGACAUCUUCCUGUCGGUGAUGCGGUUUAUGGGAGACCAUCCGAUGAAGGGACUUACCGAACAGGAAGUAGUCAGCACCUUCCUCAAGCUGAUUGGAGAGUUUGGUUUAAUGAAGGAUGAAGCCUACUGUCAACUCCUCAAACAGAUUACAGGAAACACCAGCUCCAAACCGGACAGUUGUCAGCGUGGCUGGAGGCUCCUUUACAUCCUGACUGCAUUCCAUCGCUGCUCAGAGGUCAUGAAGCCCUUCCUGUUGAGGUUCCUACUGGACGCCUGCCGUAACCCGGGGCUACUGUUCCAAGGUAUUGCAAAAGCGUGUGAGCAGAACCUGAGGAAGACCUAUCAAUAUGGAGGCCGCGUUGUCGCCCCGGGCAACAUGGAACUCAAAGCUAUGCUGGCAGGGCGGAGCUCCAAGCGGCAGUUGUUCCUGCUUCCAGGAGGCAUUGAACGGCACCUGAAGGUCAAGACAUGCUCUGUGGCCCUGGACGUCAUUGAGGAGUUGUGUUAUGAAAUGGGCCUUCACAGAUUGGAGGCGGUUGAUGAAUACACUGUAUUCCUGGUCACCAACCGAGGGCAGAAUGUGCGUCCUCUCAUUAAAAGGGAGUAUGUCCUGGACGUUGCUACAGAGGCGGAGGCUGUCGACAGUUAUUACAGCUUGUGGUUCCGUAGGGUCGUGUGGACACAGCCACUUAAAUUUGACAAUGAGCUCUGUGUCACCAUGCAUUAUAACCAGGUUCUACCAGACUACCGUAAGGGUCUGAUGAACAUCCUGCCCAGAGGGAAAGUCUCUGAACAGCAGUUCCUUCAGAUCUCUAAACUCGCCGCUUUACAGCACAGAGCCAAAGAUAUCAUGUUCAUACCCAGCAUCCAUGAGCUGUCGGAGUACAUCCCUUCUCCUCUGUUUGGGAAACAGCCCCCCCAGGCGUGGGUCACCAUGGUAACACAGCACAUGCAGCAGGUCCAGAUCCUCAACCCACACCAGGCCAGAGCCCAGUUCCUGGGUCUGGUCAGUGCUUUCCCCAUGUUUGGCUCGUCAUUCUUCUACAUCCAGUCCAGCAGUAGUGGCUCAAUCUACGCUCCCUGCAUCCUGGCUGUCAAUCAACACGGACUGCACUUCCUCAACAAGGACACUCAUGAGCUACAGAGAGUGGUCCCUCUGACAGAGGUGCAGUCUACCCACACCCAGAGGCCCUCGGCAGGAGCCAGCUAUCCCUACGUCGACCUCACCCUUGGAGAUCUAAACGCACACAGAGUCACCCAGAUUCAGCUGGAGCAGGGUUUGGAGCUGUGUCGGGUCAUUGCCAUGCACGUGGAGAACAUGCUGUCUGUCCAGGAGAAGAGACUGACUCUGCCACCCAGCGAGAUCACUGUGCUAUAACUCACACACACACAUCCCCAGAUUCAGCUACCUUUGAUUGCAGGUGUGUGUGUGUAUAUGUGUCUGUCUUCUGUCUGGGGUGUUAUUACCUCUACUGAACUCUAGAGGGUGGUAAUAACACCCACUGUACUGUCCUGGGUGGUAAUAACACCUACUGUACUGUCCUGGGUUGUAAUAACACCCACUGUACUGUCCUGGGUGGUAAUAACACCCACUGUACUGUCCUGGGUGGUAAUAACACCCACUGUACUGUCCUGGGUGGUAAUAACACCUACUGUACUGUCCUGGGUUGUAAUAACACCCACUGUACUGUCCUGGGUGGUAAUAACACCCACUGUACUGUCCUGGGUGGUAAUAACACCCACUUUACUGUCCUGGGUGGUAAUAACACUUACUGUACUGUCCUGGGUGGUAAUAACACCAACUGUACUGUCCUGGGUGGUAAUAACACCCACUGUACUGUCCUGAGUGGUAAUAACACUUACUGUACUGUCCUGGGUGGUAAUAACACCCACUUUACUGUCCUGGGUGGUAAUAACACUUACUGUACUGUCCUGGGUGAUAAUAACACCCACUGUACUGUCCUGGGUGGUAAUAACACUUACUGUACAGUCCUGGGAGGUAAUAACACCCACUGUACUGUCCUGGGUGGUAAUAACACUUACUGUACAGUCCUGGGAGGUAAUAACACCCACUGUACUGUCCUGGGUUUUUAUAACACUUACUGUACUGUCCUGGGUGGUAAUAACACCCACAAAGCCAUGUUAAUGGUGUGGCCACAUAAAUUACUCUUUUUUUAAUCACAUAAACUGUUUAUAAAAUGUUUAAUCCAGUGUCCACAG